CUCAUCGGCGAGGUAGAAAACGUGGAGCGCUGCAGUAGUCCCAAUUCAUCGUCGUUGCAAUGAGCUUCCGUUAUAGAAUAUAGAGCGCAAGUAGAGGAGGGGGCUGGAGAGUAUAUCACGGAGUGACUUAUUCGUCAUGUGACGGAGAACGCUUUUUCGAGGCACUUUCGUGGUGUGCCGUCCUGUUUCUUCUGCGGCUGGGCGUUGAGUUGGGAUCCUGCGUGCCGUGCGGCGGGCUUUGUUGGUACGCCUGGCAGGGCUUGCCGUCAGUGUUGUCAGCCGGGCCGCGGUUCUCGGUCAUGCGCAGUAGAAACGACCGUUACCCAGCGACGUAUGCUAUAGCAUUCUAAUGGGUACGGUCCCCAGUUUUGGCGGGCUUAGUGGAGCGGCGCGAAAUAAGAAGAAAGAAGAAGAAGCGAUACAAGAAGAAAUCCAAAAGAUAAGUCUCUAUUAUUAUAAAUAAUACUUUUUUUAAUUAUGGAAAAUCGUAACGUUGGAAAAGGAGCAAUAAAGAAAUGUAGGUCUUUUCAGAAAUCGUGGUUAGAUAAUAAUAAUUUUAAAGGAUGGUUGGCUCCUCAUCCUGUAGAAGAUUCAGCAAUUUGUAUUGUAUGUAAUAAAACUAUGAGAUGUUGCAAAACGGAUAUAACUCGACAUUCACAGACGGUCAGACAUAUCGAAGAAAUAGCUUCGCAAAAUUUUGACAAGAAUGAUAAUAAUAAUAAUGAUUUAACACAUAGAAACAAAGUUAAACGCGCGGAAAUUAAGUUAGCAGCUUUUUUUGCAGAACAUAAUGUAGCUUUUCUUACCGCGGAUUAUUUAGUACCUUUAUUAAAAAAUAUAUGUAUCGACUCUGAAAUUGUACAAGAUAUUGCACUGUCCCGAAAUAAAUGUGCAAGCAUUGUCAAAAACGUUAUUGCUAAACGCGAAACGGAACAACUCAUCGAAAUUUUAAAAAAUCGGAAAUUUUCUAUUUUAAUUGAUGAGAGUACGGAUAUUACUGAUAAUAAAUUUAUGUGCAUCCUGGUUCAAUACGUUUGUCCUUCAGACAAAAAAGUUAAAACUCAAUUAUUAGACUUGCUCUCUUUAGAUAGUACAGAUUGUUCCGCGAUAAAAAUUUUUAAUAUAUUUACAAAUAUGUUGAAUAACUACAAUAUUCCUAUACAAAAUAUCAUCGGAAUGGCAUCUGAUAAUGCUUCUGUCAUGAUAGGAUGCAAUAAUUCUUUUAUGUCUUAUUUAAAACAGAAAGUACCAGAAUUAGUUGUGUUAAAUUGUGUUUGCCAUUCCUCCGCGCUAAUAGCCAGUAAAGCUUGUACUAGAUUACCUUCUUCUUGUGAACAAUUAAUUAGAGCAGUAGCUACAUACAUUUCGGGAAGUGCAAAGAGAUGUGCAAUUUUAAGAGAGUUUCAAAAUUUUUUCGAAGUUGAAAAUCAUAAAAUUUAAAAAUUAUCAAAUACUAGAUGGCUGUGCUUACAUAAAUGUGUUGUUAGGCUCCUCGAAAAUUGGCAAGUUCUAAAACAAUUUUUCAUUUUAGAAACCGCGGAAAAUAAAUCAAAAAAUGCAGAAAUAAUUUUACAAUAUUUACAAAGUGAUUCCAUUAAGGCAUACCUGUUAUUCUUAAAAUAUUCUCUGAAUUUUUUAAAUAAUUUUAAUGCCUUAUUUCAAUCGCGUUCUGUUACAAUACAUAAAUUAUUUGAAACUAGCCAUCAAUUAAUCAAUUUGGACAAAAUUUCAUAAAUUAUAAUGCUUUGAAAAAUAUUUCCACUUUAGAUGUAGAUAACGAAGAAAACAUUCAACCUUUAGAUAGCAUAUAUGUCGGACCCGAAUGUGAAUGUCUUUUGCAAACGUUUUCUGUACAAUCCAUGCAUGAUAUUAGAUUAACGUGUUUAGAGUUUUAUAAAACGGCAGUUCGCGAAAUGCUAAAUCGUUUACCAUAUAAUGACAUGUUUUUUGAACAAUUAGCUUUUUUAGAUCCUAAAAUUGCUCUUUUUUAUGAAGGCAGAACGCGAAUUAAAGAUUUAUCUUAUAUUGCCACGCGACUAAAUUAUAAUGACAUAACACAGUUAGCUUUCGAAUGGAGAAUUCUGCCAUCUCUUUUUAAUGAUGAACAAAAAAAGCAAUUAGCUUCAUUAGAAAUUGACGAAAUGUGGAAAAAUAUAGUUGAAUAUAAAAAUUGCGAUGGUGAGAAACAAUUUAAAUAUUUAGAGUCAUUUGUGCAAAUAGUUCUUUCUUUUCCACAUUCUAAUGCCAAAGCCGAGAGAAUUUUUUCAAUAGUUACAGAUGUAAAAUGUAAAAAGAGAAAUAGAUUAUCUAACGAUAAUAUGUCCGCGAUUUGUAUUGCAAGAUCUAGUUUUCAAACUAAAGGUAUUAAUUGCAUUAACUUUAAAGUAGAUUCAAGGCAUUUCGAACUGCACGAAUCGCAAAAUUUAUAUGGGGAGCAAAGCACAUCUCAUAGUUCUUAAUAUAUUAUUUAUUUUUUAUUCUGUUUACUUAAUAUUUGUUGCAUUCGUAUAGUUAUUGAAUUUAUUUUUUAUUAUUUUGUACAACCCAUAUAGUCUUCCAUCUUUGUUUUUCUAUAUUCUAGUCUAAAUUAUUAUUAAUGUAGUAUUUAUUUUUCAGGAAGUAUCAUAUUUGAUUUCAAACGUGCAAUAAUUAUAUUUAUAUUAAAUUAAAUUAAAAAAUUAUAUUUAUUAAGUGCGCAAUAAAUGUGAUU